GUGAAGCAAACCUAGAGAGGAACUUCACUUACCUUUAAUGAACGUCAGAAAACAGCAUUGCCACGGCUGCCUACCCAGCAGACCUGCUUACGAGAGCCAGAGGGAUGGUGGUAGUUACGGGGCAGAACAAAGUGAGUGGAAACCCGGAUGAUGCCAUGUCGAGCUCAGAUGCAGAGGAUGAUUUCCAAGAGCCAGCCACUCCUACCGCAACCCAGGCAGGACAAGCACUACCUCUGCUGCCUCAGCAGUUUCCAGAAGUUGUUCCACUAAACGUAGGAGGCAUGUAUUUUACAACAAGACUGUCAACACUGAGACGUUAUGAGGACACAAUGUUGGCGGCUAUGUUCAGUGGAAGGCACUAUAUUCCAACGGAUGCUGAAGGCAGAUACUUUAUUGACAGAGAUGGAACCUACUUUGGAGACAUACUUAACUUUCUACGAUCUGGUGACCUGCCACCACGAGAGCGAGUGAGGUCAGUUUACAAGGAAGCUCAGUAUUAUUCCAUAGGACCACUGCUAGACAAUUUAGAGGACAUCCAGCCUCUUAAAGGAGAAAAAGUUAGACAAGCUUUCCUGGGCCUAAUGCCAUAUUACAAAGAUCAUUUGGAACGGAUAAUCGAAAUAGCAAAGCUUAGAGCUAUGCAAAGAAAAGCAAGAUUUGCAAAAUUGAAGGUCUGCGUCUUCAAAGAAGAGAUGCCCAUCACUCCCUACGAAUGCCCACACUUCAAUUCUUUACGUUUUGAAAGGAGUGAAAGUGAGACAAAGCUAUUUGAACAUCAUUGCGAAGUAGAUGUAUCGUUUGGCCCCUGGGAGGCUGUAGCUGAUGUAUAUGAUCUUCUGCACUGUAUUGUGACAGACUUGUCUGAUAGAGGGAUAACUGUGGAUCAUCAGUGUAUCGGGGUAUGUGAUAAACACCUGAUAAAUCACUAUUACUGCAAGCGUCCUAUCUAUGAAUUCAAGAUUACUUGGUGGUGAGUUAUUUUGUCCAGAAUGGUGCAGGGAAUAAAAGGACUUCUAGAUGACGAUUGCUUUUAAUAUUUUUGCAACGUGUCUCUGGAAAUGCAUUGCUGCUAACAUACAUUGGAAUCAGUCUGCUGAAAUGUUGGCUAAUGCUUAGCUGCUUAGCAAAAGGGAACCUGUUACGGAGGUUGAAAAACCUCUGAAAUCUUGAAAAACCAGCCUGAAACAAGACUGUUGGCUCAGGUACCUUAACGAGGCACAAAACAAAAUCACCUCAUGGAAAUUACGGAGAGGAGCGUCUAACAUCUUUUAAAAGGUGCCAC